AUGACCAUGACCGACGAGGAGCUCGACCGCGACUGGCAGCCCAAUGGCCGCCGCCCGCAAUCCACCGUCGCUCAGAUGUUCUCUCAGGAGCUCCAGGACAUCUUCCGCAUCGAAAACAGCGUGACAGACCUUGAUGAGCAGGUGAACAAACGGAAGCAGCAGAUUAGCAGUCAAACCAGCGAGCUCGAAGCCCUCGAGGCCCGCAUCCGCGAAAUGGAGGCAAGGCUGAAGGGGGUGGCCGCGCGCACCACGAACGCGCCGCCGGCGCCCCCUGAGAAGAACGACCCCACAGCGGACCAGGACCGGGCCCGGGACCAGCAGCACCAGCAACAGAAGCAGCAGCAGCAGCAAACGUACCCUGGCAGCCGCCCCGGCACCGCCCACAAGGGCCAGCCCGCAGUUCCGGGUGGUCUCCCCCCCACGCCCGCGGGAAGCGAAGGUGAAUUCGAGCCGUCCGCUCUCUCCCCGUCUGCAAUCGCUCCCCGGCCGCCAGGAACUCGAGCCCAGUCACCCCUGGACACCUCGUCCACCAGUCCGGCGAGCGACUCGCAAACGAAUCGACUACCUGUUCCGGGGGGCGAUGCGGACUCUGUCAGGUCCCUGUCCGAGAGCGCGAGUUUUGCUGACUAUGUGGUUGUUCCCGGACCAGACGGCGACCGCGAACGGGAUGAUUAG